AUGAAUCUUGUGCAGCUGGAAUUGCACGCACUCAUGGCUGUCAGCGGACAAGUGUUCAAUUUCGUUUUUGUAGGCUCUGGGCCACUUCCACUCACAGCAUUUUGCGUCCUCGAGGCUUUCGAACGUUACCCAGAAACCGCUCCACUGACCUGCUGUAACAUCGAUAAGAAUCAAAGAGCAAUCCAGCUAUCUGAUCGGAUGCGUACAAUCCUUAGCCUCAACGGCAAAGCUAUGCAUUUUGAGUGCACCGACAUUGAGAACGACGAGGUCAGCUUGGAAAAAUUCGACGUCAUAUAUCUGGCUGCGCUUGUGGGUGAUACUGCAGUUGAUAAAGUACGGAUCCUCUCGAGUGUGGCUUCAAGAAUGAGAGCAGAGGCCUUGAUCGUCAUCCGCAGUGCCCAUCAAAACGAAGCCAUUAUGAGCUCCUUCAAGAAGCAGCACGUGCUUUCAAGGCCGCGCGACUAUGUCACCCCAUCUCCACCUCUACAUGCUGUAGAGCCAUUGUCCCCCGUCCUGCCACCCGAGGCUCUACCUUUCAGCUUGGACCUGUCCCAACCUGCAAGAUCAUUGGAGGCACAAGAUAAAACAAAUGGAGAGGGGUCCAAUUCCUCUCGAUCGAAUCUCGAGCUCACGCAUCAUGUUCAUCGUUGCACUGGCUCUAUGGAAAUAUUCGCGUCGAUUGCGUUGGCUACAAGCCCACCAUCCCAACUAGAAAAUCGCCCAAGCAAGCGCAUACUGGACGGUAACCACGAAUGGGCAAGGCCGGCGAAGCGAUCCAAAUCUGAGAAGCUGCCGUCGCCCGAAAGUUCGAGAAAAACCACGGCAAUAAGCGCCAGGCCUGUUACAAGCUGGGAGCAACCCUCGGAAAGCCGGCUCAGAGAAGCGGAGUUGUUGCUGCAUUUUUCGCAAAGCGCUGUCAGUAGGUCUUCCUCUGUGAUGAGUCCUCAUUCGGACGGACAUGGGAGACGAAUGUCGAACGAUCCUCCAUUCACGCCACACAACACCUUUCGAGAACUCCCUCAGGCGGCGAUUCAAUCUUUCGAGCCGCACAUUCAGCCAUCCCAUCAGGAGCGGAGCCAAGAAGAUCUACAAGAGCAUAUUGAAAAUGAAAGUACAAUGCUCAUUUCCGACAACAAGGUUGACAAAACGACUCUUCCACCCACUCCAAAACCGUCGUUGAAGGAUUCUCCAACAAUAAGACCUUCGCAGCCCGACCCUCUCCCGGCCAAACCACCAGAGUCCGUCGUUUGUCGAGAUGGCUGGGACUUGCCGAGUGCCUCUCAUGACAUUAAUGAAAAGAGGCAGGAAUUCCCUGAGAUACCCAAGACGUCUGAUCCCAAUGGGGACGACAAAGUAUCUAAUGAUGUAACAGUUCAUCUUGAUCGUGGUCUUUAUGGCGGCCCAUUGGAACAUGCAAGCCUACAGCCAAAUGAGAGGGGAGAGACGAGCAAGCCCGAGGCAGAAACCUCCACUAUGGACACAGAAGCCAAGCUCGAUGAGCAUGGUGACUCAAACAGUAAAGCAAGCCCAGUAGAAAGUGUUAACGAUGGAAUGAGCUCCCAUUUGGGUCUAUCGGAUGACCAGGAAACGAUUCAGCAGUUGGCAGCUGCACUCGGAGAAGCAACAGGUGCAACUCGCUCCGGAAUUGUCCCCAAGUCUGCGAUGUCGCGGACUGCAACUGCAGUCUGUGCCGCCUGCAACUUUGCUAAGAACUCCUUAGGUAUGGAAGGCGACCAAACUGCGACAUCAUGGAUCAGUUGCGACGGUUGCAAAUCCUGGUUUCACUUUGCGUGUGCCGGCUUCAAGAAUGAGAGGGAAGUCCGUGGCGUAGACAAGUACAGAUGCCGUAAAUGCAAGUCCAUACAUGGUGCGACGACGUACGUGCGUAAAUCCUCUCGAGCUCACACAGCCAUUGACUACGCGGGCUUACACCAAGGUGUGAUCAAAACAUCCGACGACAGACCUGAGCAUCAUUACAUCCAGCCUAUGAAGGAAGGGACGAUAUCAUUCAUGCCUGAGAAUUUUGCCCGUAUGAGGCCCGAGCUGGUCACGGCAGAGUUUUUUGAGAAGGGGGGCGGUAUGAAAGAUCCAAUAGUGAUACCCGCAGAGCUCAAUCCUCGACCAACCUCAAUCCUUUCGGAUGACUCUUCCUCAAUUUGUGACGAUUCGAGGCCGGACGUUCCUACUGAGUCCGCGGAUCUCAAUGUAAGGGAGAAAUCAGUUUAUGAUUCAGACUUGGAGCGUGCUGUGGAUCAUGGGCAAGACGGCUUGGAUAUGGUGAUGCCCCAGGAUCUCACAGUCCGGCGUGUAGCCGAAUUAUACGGCCCUGAAGAGAAGGUGGAAGUCAUAGAUGUGAAAUCCCAGAAUGGCGAAGGAAAGAAAUGGAACAUGCGACGCUGGGCAGAUUAUUACGAGAAUAAGGAUGACAACAAGAUUGUUCGAAACGUCAUCAGUCUAGAAGUCUCUCAAAGCCCACUCGGGAGGCUCAUCAGACGUCCUCAAAUCGUGCGAGAUCUUGAUCUUCAAGAUGCAGUGUGGCCAGAAGAUCUUAAAGAGAAGGGCGAGUACCCACAUGUACAAUUCUACUGCCUCAUGUCAGUCGCAGAUUGUUUCACGGAUUUUCAUAUUGACUUUGGUGGAUCUUCCGUGUUCUACCACAUCUUGAAAGGAUCAAAGACCUUCCUCUUCAUUCCACCGAAAGAAAAGAAUCUCAAGAAAUAUGAGGAAUGGUGCAUGUCACCAGCCCAGAAUUGGACAUUCCUUCCUGACCAGACCAAAGAAUGUUACAGAGUAGAUCUGAAGGAUGGAGAUACCAUGCUCAUACCGUCGGGCUGGAUCCAUGCAGUUUGGACACCUCAAGAUAGCUUGGUCAUCGGAGGCAAUUUCCUGACCAGGAUGAAUUUUGGCAUGCAAUUACGCAUAGCUCAGGUGGAGAAAAAUACUGGCGUAGCUCGGAAAUUCAGAUAUCCACACUUUCAAAAGCUGCAUUGGUUUACGGUUUUCCGAUAUCUUGAAGAAGAUCCAAUGCCUUCAAGUGUGAAGACGCAUCUCGAAAGUGGCUUUUCUUUCGAACGCCAAAAUCCAGCAUAUUAUGACUUUGACAAUUGGGGUGAAAAUUCGACUCCACAGCCUGAGAAUUACCAUGCGAAAUAUUACUCGCAACCAGAGCUCGAUGGUCUACCGGAACUUGUGAAAUAUAUUUUGAGGACAGUCUUGAUUGACAUGGGUGCCAUCACAGAGGGGGUAAGUGCAGAAACGCGUAACGCAGUCAAGAAGUCCAUUCCGCGAAGUCAUGGAGACCCGCUUGAUGUUGUCAAGACUUUUGCGAUUUGGUGCGCUUGGAAACGAGGUAAUGAGCCAAUUCCACACUGGGCUUACCCUGACGCUCUCGUCGAGACUGCAGCUCCCGACAAACUCAGCGCUGCAGCAUCCAAGAAGUUGGCAGAAGAAGCAGCGUUGAAAGCGCCUAGGAGACAGUCUGCACGCAUGCAAUCUCAGAGAGAGGGCGGUAUCACUUCUCAAAUCCACAAAGCCGCCGAUGAAGAAACCGAGAUGGCACAAGACUCGCAGGACACAUCACAUGCUAGUAGUGGAAACAGGUCGUUCUCGCAGACCGAUGAAUUUUAUCCGAGGGAGGAUAGUUCGGCACCUGCUGCAAAUGGACCCAAAAUGAAUGGAGGAAUUGGGUCUCACCGGAAGACAGCUUGCGAUUCAUGUCGUCGGAGACGAAGAGCUUGCAAGCACAAAACUCAACUCGAGAAUCACAACGCCAACUUACAGAGCAUCGAUGCAGCGAACAGUACACCCUCAGAUGUCUUACUAAGUGGAAGUGCUCUUCAAGAAAAGCUAAGUACAAUUGGAGGUCUCUUUGACUCGAUUGCCGCAAAGCACGAAACGAGCCGAGACCAAGCCUCGUCUGCUUCUGUACCGGAUAAUUCGGUCCAAAGCGGAAUUUCACCUGGCUCUGCGCCUUUAGUUGCGGUGUACGAUACUUUAGACAUGGUCCUAGGCCACAGCGGGCCUUGUGAUAAUGGAGGCGCUGCAGAGAGCAUGUCACCAUCUCGACCGAGAACAAAGGCUUGUAAUCACUGCCGUAAAAGCAAGCGACGAUGCAUUCACGAUGCAUUUGGCAACGAGGACCCGAUCAAAGUUGCGGAGACUGCAAUUCCGAGGCCCCAUGCUAGGAAGACCAAAGGGCCAGAAUCGUCAAAUACGAAAAUCAAAGUCUCUCUCGGCACAAGCUCACCAAAUCCAAUAUCAAGUUACUACGAAACGCCAGCACGCGCCGCCCCUGUAGCUAAUAUGCUUAUUGCUCCAGUUGCAAAGAUGGGUGGAGCAAAUGAAGUCACGCCAGAAACAUCAACCGACGAUGGAGCCCAUGAAACCCAUUUGAUAGACUCGAGCUGGCGUGCGGAAGCCAGAGAUGAUGGAGCGCAAACUUUGCCAGUCGACGCUGAGGCAAUCGCUGUCGAUUCAGCUCUGGUCAUUGGUGAGUAUUCCGUUGUAGCGGCCACUGAGGAUCACAGAGCUAGUAAAGAAGUGACCUUGAACAAUUUACCGGCUUACUCUUUGGUGUCACCACCGGCUUCGGCUCACGACGCGAAUGACAGCGACUUGUCAACCACUCAAAUAACACCCACGAAGUCAAGGCCGCAGUCAAGACAACUUUCACCCUCUCCUCGAGAGGACUUCCAAAGAUACACACCCGAGUCUGCAUCCAUAGGAGGGGCAAGUCACUCCUCUGCUGGAGAAAGUCACGAAGAGGUCUUGUCGAAAGCUCAACAAACGCGGUCCCUCUCCACAGCACAGGCAGAUGAAGACAGCCUUAAAUUAAUCAAAGAGCUACAGGCGCAGGACUUAGGGCUAAGAAGAAGGAAUUGGGCAUGA